UAUAUGCAUGUUUGUACACAAUACAAUCUAAAGGUUGCUAUUCUGUGCUGUCACGAUUAAAACCACGUUCGUGAAUGUAUAGUAACAGUUUUUUGAACUUAUUUUGAUAAACGGUUUCUGUAUAUUUUGUUGUGUGUUUAGUGAUACUAAAACCUCUAAUAAUAAUAGUGAUAAAAGUUAGGUUAUCGUGGUGUGCUGUGCUUUUAUUUAUUGCAAACAAUUGAAUGAAACUAAACAUUGUUUUGCCAAACUGACAGUCAAAUAAUUUUACUAUCGAAUAUAGACAAAUAUUUUUAUGAUAGCUUUCAAAGAAUUGAUUAAAGGACCAGUUGUCGAAUUUUGACACAAGACGGGGACGAAAAAUACGGCGCGUUUCACUUCCUCCGGAGUCCUCAAGGACGUCGAAACGUCGGAUUUAGGAUACCCCAUGUUUUUUCAAGUUCUUUUUGCAAUUACUCGGCUUGGACGAUCACCUAGAAAAAAAAUCGCUCUUGUAGCGUUUGUGUAAAUUAAGUGCGCGAUCUUGACACAAUUGUGAUUUAAAUUUGUUCCAAUUGUUCGAUUCAGCUUACAGAUUUUUUUGUUUCUGGUGCUUGGUUUUAGUGUUUUGCUAUGGAUAACGCCGCCAGAACUAAUCUACGAAAGUUGUCCUUCUUGGGAUUUUCGCCUAAGAACGAUGGAAGCAGUCAUGACGGGGAUGUUGUUCAACUCGAUGAAGAAUGUGCGAAAGUGUUCGCAAUGGACACUGAUAACAACAGUAGUUUUGACAUUAACAAAUUUCACGACGCCGCCCCAGGUAUACCAAGACAGUAUGGAGAAAAAGAUUACAUACAACAUCGGAAGAAGAGUUACCCGCACAUGCACGCGCCCAUCAAAAUCGGCUCAAAGUCGAUGAGACGUCGAACGUCCUCGCAUCAAAUCACUCCAAAUUCAACUCCGCCUUAUGGAACUCCGCCAAAGGAAGCUGUCGCAUCUCCCGUUUCCACCUCCGACCAACCGUCAGUUCCCACACUCACUCCUGUUCCCAGCAUUAAAUCUCCAAACGUAGAUUCGGAUACGGGUCCUCUUAGCUCCUUCAAUCUGCCAGAGGAAUGUGACACUGCGGCCAACAGUUCAGAAUCAGAGUGUGUCUUGUCAGAGCCUUGCGGAUACAACAGUCCUAAUGAAUUUUCGCCGGAACGGAAAGUACAGUUUAUCAACAGCGAGACAAGGGAUACUUUUGACGUUGAUGGGCUUAAGGACAAGAAGAAGAAACGUCACCACCCCAAAUUCCGUAAGUAUUCCCUUCCUGACGAUUCCAAUGCCCGCAAACGAAACUACCACUUGGACAAAAACGACGCAUCGGGAAGUAACAAGGGUCGCCGGAUUUCCACUCAACCUGAAGAUUUACCUCUCAUUGCGGCCGAUAGAGACCAAUUGGACAGCCAUCGAUCCGACGAUGCUCGCGGCCUCAGAAGACACAAAACUUCACGACCAAGCAAUGCAUCGAUGGUCCAUAUCGGCCGGAAAGAGGGUGGCGAGUUGCAUCCCUCCAUCAAGAAGAUGUAUGAUCACAGCCCUCACGCCAUAUUUGUCGAGUUGGAUGAGCUGUUUUCAAGCAACGAAGAGCGAGAGUGGAAAGAAACGGCUCGCUGGAUCAAAUACGAGGAAGAUGUGGAGGAAGGUGUUGACAGAUGGGGAAAGCCACAUGUUGCAUCGUUGAGCUUUCAUUCUUUGUUAAAUCUGAGGAAAUGUCUUGAAGAUGGACUUGUUAUUCUUGAUAUGGAGGAGCGGGAUUUGACUGCUAUUGCGUACAGAAUUUCAGAAGAAUUGUAUAAAGAAGAGUUGAUCAGGGAAGAAGACAAGGGAAAAAUUAUGAGAGUUUUACUGCUUAGGCAUAGACAUGUUAAUGACCAUCACGAGAGAGGGUUUAAGUUUUCAAGAAAACACAGUUACGCAUCAUUACAGUCACUGUGGCUGGAAGACGGCGUAAGCUACGAUGCUGUGAUGAUGGCCCGCUGCUCCGUGUGUUCUUCACAGGGACAGCUGUGUCUUCUGCACGCUAUGACUCGCGGUCCUUCUUACCCACACAACCUCCACGAUGCCGAAAAGAAGAAAUUUAGUAUUUCGAGUGAAAGUUACAAGAACGGCGGAACGACCGACGCUGGCAGCCGGCUGAUGGGUCCCGACCAAACCGUUAUCGACAUAAAAGAAGAAAUGUAUUCUGCAAGUUCCGAAGACGUCCGCAGGGCACGCAACGAUGCAAUCCUAAAACGAAUUCCUCCGGGAGCCCAAAGCUCCAGCAUUCUCGUCGGCGAAGUCGAUUUCCUCGAGCAACCGGCCAUGGCGUUCUUGCGACUAGCCGAGGGAGUCAUGAUUCCCUCGCUCAUCGAAGUAAACAUACCAGUGAGAUUUAUUUUUAUUCUUUUGGGACCGAAGAAAGCUAAUUUGGACUAUCACGAAGUGGGCAGAUCAAUUUCGACUCUCAUGGCCAAUCAGCAGUUCCAUAACAUUGCUUACGGGGCCAGCAAUCGCAAGGCGCUCCUCUCGGCCAUCAACGAGUUCUUAGACGACAGCAUCGUGCUGCCUCCCGGGGACUGGGAGCGCCAGGCGCUGCUGCCCAUAGAGGAGAUCAAGGCGAAGAGCGAGUUGAUAAAACGGCGGAAGGAAAACGCUCUGAAGUCGGCGGAGGAGGCGCAGGGCGUAACCAAGACGCUGCUGGCGGUGGAAGAGGAAAAGAAGCCGCCGUAUCCCAACCCCCUUGAGAGGACGCGGCGGCCGUGGGGUGGCCUAAUCAACGACUUGAAGCGUCGUUAUCCGUACUUCAAGAGCGACGUCAUCGACGGAAUCAACGCGCAAUGCUUUGCGGCGGCAAUUUUCAUGUACUUCGCGGCGGUGUCGGGGGCCAUAGCCUUCGGAGGGCUGCUGGGGGCCAAAACCAACGGAUUCAUCGGCAUAUCUGAAACUCUGUUGUCUACCUCCGCUGCAGGAAUUAUUUUUGCUAUCUUGUCGGGACAGCCACUUGUGAUCGUCGGCAGCACAGGACCACUUCUCCUGUUUGACGAAAGUUUAUACGAAUUUUGCAAAUCCAGUGGUUUUGAGGAUUUAUUUUUGACGACGCGUGUGUAUAUCGGACUUUGGUUAGGUGUAAUAGGACUUGUAGUGGCUUGUUUAGAAGGAAGCGUUCUUGUUAAAUUAUUCACUCGGUUCACUGAAGACAUUUUCUCAGCGCUUAUCGUUUUACUUUACAUAAUUGAAAGUGUUAUGAAAUUGUUUUUCUUGUACGAUAGGCAUCCACUUCUAGCAGAUUACUGCGAGUCGGAAGAUGCUUAUUCCACUAACAAUUCAGAUCCUGAGUAUUUUCCGGAAAAUUAUUAUUUAUCAAAUGAUACAAUUAUGCAAAAUUUGACCAAUGAUUCGUAUCCUCCAAUGAACCUUGGCGGCAGGAGGCUACCAACACAUGAUAUGCUCGGCCCAAUUAAUCAACCCAACACAGCUUUGUUUUGUACUAUUUUGGCACUGGGAACGUUUGCUAUCGCCUACUAUCUGAAGUUGUUCCGAAAUAGCCAGUUUUUGGGAAGAAGUGCAAGACGAGCGCUUGGGGAUUUCGGCGUUCCAAUAGCCAUCAUAACCAUGGUUUUCGUGGACUACAUGAAUCCCGCGACAUACACCGAGAAGCUCAACGUUCCCGAAGGCUUAUCCCCGACAAAAUCUGAAAAACGCGGCUGGUUUAUCCCUCCCAACAGCCCCGAUCCUUCCAUGCCCAUCUGGAUCAUGUUCGCCUCGGGAAUACCGGCAAUGCUCGUCUACAUUCUUCUGUUUAUGGAGACUCAUAUUGCCGAACUCAUCAUCGAUAAGAAGGAACGCAAGCUGAAAAAAGGCAGCGGAUUCCAUUUAGAUAUAGUGCUCAUCUGUUUAAUCAACAUCUUGUGCGGCUUUUUCGGCCUGCCCUGGAUUUGCGCCGCCACCGUGCGAUCUAUUGCUCACGUCUCGGCGUUGACUGUUAUGUCGAGAACACACGCCCCCGGCGAAAAACCGCACCUGAUCGAAGUCAAGGAACAAAGGAUUUCUGCAUUGGCUGUGUCUAUUCUGGUUGGACUUUCGGUGCUUAUGUCGCCCUUAUUGAAGAGGGUUCCGAUGGCGGUACUCUUCGGGGUGUUCCUCUACAUGGGGGCGGCUUCCAUCGACGGGAUUCAGUUCUUUGAUCGCAUUAAGCUGCUGUUUAUGCCAGUAAAGCAUCAUCCACAGGCGUCCUACGUCAGGAAGGUGAAGACAGCAAAAAUGCAUCUGUUUACGUUUAUCCAGCUGAUGUGUUUGGUCGUACUUUGGACAGUAAAAUCAACAGAAGCCUCAUUGGCUUUUCCCUUCUUUUUGAUUUUGAUGGUCCCAUUAAGAAGCUAUCUGACUCAUAUAUUUUCACCAAGAGAGCUAAGAGCGCUUGAUGGAGACCAACCGGAUGCCGAUGACGACGAACCUGACUUCUACGCGGAGGCACCACUUCCGGGAUAGGAACUUAGUUACUUAAUGAGUACAUUUCCUUUUUUAAAGGUAUACUUCCUAAUUCUGACGAUAACACUUUAAGAAUAAGUUUUAAAAUGAAGCUGAAACUUGAUAUUUUGUGAUCUAUUUACUGCAAAUGGAAUAUUUUCCACGACCUCUGAUAUCGUUUUCAAAUAUUUUAGUGUAGAUAUUUUGUCAAGAACAAUCCUUAUUUUAAUGUUAUUAUUUAACUUAAUUAUGUAAAGUUAGUUAGUAAUAGCGGUUGAUACGCAAAAAAUAUCGAUUUCUAUAACUUAAAAUUAUUAUAAAACAGUAUUAGUAUUUGUGCCCAUAUCUUUUUAAUGAAGUAUAAACAUUCGUCAUUUCAAUAUCCAUUUUAACUAUAGAUAUAUUUAUUAUUGUGUGCAACUGAGGUGAAGUUUUUUUUGUGUGUGAAUUAUUUUUCUAGGCGCACAGUUGCACUUAUACGAUAGGUCCUUUGUUUUGUUAUGGUUUGUUUUUGUUACUUAGCCGUAGACAUUUUUAACACAAUUUCCUUGUUAUGUAGGAUACAAAUUUGGUUGUAGUUUGUACAAACUGAAGUUGUCGUUUUAGAAACCGACAAUGUUUUAUGAUAUAAUUUCUGUAUUUUCUGAUUCAAAUUUUUCCGAGAGAAGUAAAAUUGAAAAUACAAAAUUGUAGGAACACGUACAAAACAAUUUAGCCAACUUAUUAGAAUAAAUUAACCACUGACUGUGUCGUGGUGUUUUUGCAAGUUUUUCCUGAUAGUAUUAGUUUAUGUAAAGGUUAACUAGGUAUUACUAGACGACUGUGAUUGGAACAUGGCUCACUAAGGUGCGGUAUAAGAAAUUAGUUGCCUUUGUAGUACUUAUAUUCAUUAGUUACAUCGAAAUUAAGCUUCUACRUUAGUUGAAAAUUGUACAAAUGAGGAAUUACACUCAGGGUGACUACAUGAUACAUUUCACCAAACUUAAAGGUCUCCUAUGMAACGAGGAUUAAUGCACAAGGAAUUAUGUUUAUAUUUCUGAUUAUGUAUCGUGGAGUCAACCUUUUUAAAUCAAAAUAGAUAUUACAAAUUGUGGUUGAUGAAUAAUGAGUUUACGAUUCGUUGACUAUAAAAGAUGUUUAACGCCAGCCCUGAAUACAAUAUUUUCUGAGAUUAAACUUAACAAAGUUUCCAAAUUCUGUAGAGUAGCUAAUCAGAAACUUAAACUUGAAUAGUAUUUCUAACUGUGAUUAAAAAUGUCUAUUCUAUUUCUAUAAAUGAAUAAUAGUA